AUGAGUGACGCGACGACCUCUUUGCUCACAGAGCACUUCAGCUACACGCCCCUGUCUCUCAUCGAUGACAUUAUCAACUCAAUCAACAACCUGAUCUACCAGGCCAUCUCCAGUCUGGAGACGGGACUGCUGUCUACCCCUCCAGAACGAUUGGGCUUUUCGCACGCGAACAAUGGCUCGACUAUUCCCGACACCGAUGAAGACGGGAAUGUUAUUUACCCAGAAGCGCAGUUGGAGAUUGAAAAUGGGCUCCAUCAGCUAGAAACGCUUCUCGAGGCGACUGUCGAUAAGACGUUUGAUAAGUUCGAGCUUUUCGUGCUGCGCAAUACGUUCAAGGUGCCAGAUGAUCUGAUGGGGUGGAUUCGACUGAAGCAUUAUGAGAACUUGAACCUGGCCCCUCCAGCCGACGCACCUACCCCCGACACAAUCUCUGCGCAACGGAAGAAGCUACACGAAACUAAGAAAUUGAAUCGGGCGUUGAAACAAGAGAGCGCACGCAACGAGGCUGUUAUUGCUCAGCUGCGCUCCAUCAUAUCAAAUACACAGACCGCAAAACAGGAGAUUGAAGUUGCGCCCAGCGGUCAAAAGGACUUGGAUCUGUCAUUCCUGACUUCCAGCCUAGCCGCUCAACAGCUACGCGUUGGCGUUACUGCCGGAUCGAAUACCCAACAUACGCCCAUCACAACAAACACUACAUUUAUCUUGUCCCAACUGCCUGCUCUACAAGCGCUUCUUAAGGAACUCCGACCCAAGUUGGCUACUCUCCCACAGUCUGGAGAUAAGUCGGAGACGGAAUCGAAAGCCGAUGCGAGACAAGAAUACAUUGAGAGCAGAGUCAGGCUGCACCUCGAGCGGGCUGGCCAGCUGGCGGUCGGUAGCGAUGGUAACACCAUCGUUGCGGGCCGCAAAAUCGAUAUUACAGAAGCACAGGCCCUCGAGGCUGUCACGGGAAUGCUUACGCAAGGUGAUCAAAAAUCAGCCUAG